UAAACUGAUAACGUAAUAAGGAUAAUUGCCGUAACGGUUUCCGACGCCGCUCGCAUGCGUCCGCCGUGAUCUCGUCGUCCGCCGACGCCGCCGUGUGUAGAACCGAUCGCCGGCAACCGUCCGAUUCCCGAAGCCCGCGUCCCGUGUCCAACUUCUCGCGUCCGGCUCUCGGCAAUCGUCCGCGUUCAUAGGCCAUCCGCGAAAUCGCCGCACGUCCUCUGCAAGCGAUCUGUAGUAGCACCAAUGUUUUCCUACCCUCCGGUUUCGAGCGCGCACACGGUCGACGGUUCCUUCGACGGCUAUCAUGUCGCGGUCGCGCCAACUUCUCUGCGGAUGGUGUCCUCCGGCAACAGCAGGUGGUCCUCUUCCCAUUCGUUGACAGAACGCAUCAGACUAAUGUCAACCUACAUCGAAGAAGAAAAUGAAAACGACCUGUACGCCUUGUUCUAUGAAAUCGUAACGGAGAUUUUUGGGCGCGGUAACUGUCAAGGAUGGGAAUUGGACAAGCUCAGAUUGAAGAAAUUUGAUGACCAAAAGUACAUUUCUAGAGAGCAAAAUAUUGUAUUUAACUUUUUAUGUAGCAGUGGAAAUAUUUUUAAAUUAUGCUACAAAUUACUUUCCAACAGUUUGAUCAAAUUCACUAUUUAUUUUUCUGACCUACCAAUUGAGCUUCAACAAAAAUUGGAGAGAUCAUAUGGACAAUCUUAUUAUGGUUCACGACUUUUGUUUAAUUUGGAUUCCAAUUUGCCAAUUGGUUUAAGCUUGAAUUCAUUUGAAUAUUACAUGUUUAAUUUUGCAUUAUAUGGACUAAAGUUAGCUGUGGACGACUUUUCAAAUUAUCAUGUUGAUUUACAUGAAACAUCAGUAUACAAAUCAUUAUGCUUAGAUUAUUUUGGUUAUUUUUUGCCUUUACAAAAUUUUGCAUCAAUGAUUCAACCUCAACUAACAUUCAAUGUUCUUUCAUCAGUUCCGAAUCAAAAACAAUAUACAAGAACAAGCAAACUUCUAAACUUUAUAAAAAAAGAUGUAGCUUAUAAUGAUUUAUCAAAUGAUAAGGCUGUAAGUUCAUCUUGGGUGUUAACGUCAGAAGCAACAUGGCGUAGUGAGCUUGUUUCAUUUUAUUUUGCUGAUAUCUGGUUAAGUUGUAAUAUAUCUUCUGUACCAUCUAUCAAUUUAACUAAACUAAUAAGAUGUUUUAUAAAACACUUGCAUAUAUAUUCAAAUUUAGCUAAACAUCAACCUCAGGACAACUUGAAAUCAAUAUUAUUGGCUCGACAUAGUAUAAAAAUAUAUCAGUAUUUAUCAUAUUAUAUGGAUUGUUGGCCUCAAGAUUUUUCAUUUCGCUUAUUACUUGAAAAUUGGCUUUGUUUUAUUCAACCUUGGCGAUAUGAUAAUUUGUCUAAUCAACAAUAUUCCAUCACAGAAAAUGAGAUGAACGAUAAAUGGAGAGUAUUUAUUACUAGAAAUCUGCUAUGUUAUACUAAGCUUUUUUAUUUUGCUAUUAAACGAUUCACUUGCAUUGACAUUUGUUCACCAAGAUAUUCCGUAAUGGUUUUUCGAUUGCUUAAAGUGUUUACCCAUCCGUAUCUAAUAAAAAUAAUUCUUGAUAUAGAACAUAUGUAUAUAAGUAACCACCAAUCGCACAAAAAAUGGAAUUUACUAAUGUCUGAAUGUUUUAUAGAGGCAGAAGGCCCAUUAUUUAAGUAUGAACUUAUGUUUUCUGAGGAACGUACACAAGAAUACAAAUUAUUUUGUUUAAAAUUACAUAAAUCUUUGGAUCAUGUUACUACGGAACUGAACCGUUUUCAAGAAGACAAAAAAAACAGGAAUAAUUCAUCCAUGUUAGAACUCAUACUGUCACCUAAAAAGAAUAAUAUUUCAGACUAUACUCUUUCUGAAUGGGAAGAUAUUCAAAAACACCUUAACUCUUCAUUAACAUUGAUGGAGCAAAUUAUUAAUACUAAUGUAACCUCUGAUCCAAUGAUGGGCAAUUUAUCCGCAUGGUCUGUUUCUGGUAUUAGUGGGAUUAGUAAUUCAAGCAUCUUCAAUAAUAGCCAUUCGUUGUUCAAUCGUUCUAACAUGGUUAAGACUUUUAAAAGUAAUACAUUGAAUUCAUCUCUUAGAUCAUCAAAUGUAGCAAAAGAAUGGGAGAUUGAUCCAGAUUAUCUUGAAGCUUUAUCUUAUGAAAAUUAUUUCCUCGUAGAGUUAAGUAAAUUCUUAAGGAAUACUGUUGAAUGUUAUCUGAAUUCACACAUACAACAGUUAUCUUCAAAAAAUAAUCUUCUCGCUGGAGUUAUUCGCCAAGCAUUAUUAAGAGAACCAAUGAAAAUAUUUUCCUAUGAACCUAGAAAUGAUGGUUCUGGAAGACGUGUAAGAACACCCAAGAUUCUUCCACCUACAAUAAGUUUUCGCUGGAUUGCGUCAUACUUCAACGUCACUUGGAUUUUAUUUUUGUUGACAUUGAUUCUGUUCUUUAAUAACUGCAGGUUUUGGAUUGGUCUCUUCUAUGCUAUUCGUAUAAUUUAUUACUGUUUGAAAUAUUUAUUUGGAUAUGCACAACCGUUCAAAAUUGAUGAUUAUCAUGAAAACUAAUUUUUUUUUUAUUUCUCCAUUUUAUUUAUAACUAUUGAUAGAUUU